AAAUUGAGGUUUUCCAAUUAUGUUAUUUCUCCAUAUCAAUUAUAGCAAUAGCACCGGAUAGAGUUACGGCGUGCAUGCAUUCAAAUCGAAGUUAGAACAACACCAAAACAAAGUGAAUAUUCCAUGGACUACUAUCUUUUCUGAAAUGGUACAGCCACUUUAUCCUUCGGCAUGUGGAAACACCAUGGAUCUCUAAAAAAUAGAUACAGAAAUAACUAAAGGCCAACAGUUUGUGCAUGCUUUCCAUCUAGCUAUAAUUAAUAUACGUCAGAAGAAAUAUGAGUAAUAAGCACCCGAUCAAACAAAGGCAGGCCUUGGAUGUUUAUAUUUGUCUUGCUUCUAUAGCUCUGCUAUCUUUACCUAGUUGUUCUCGCUUAUUAUAUUCAUGUACAAUCAUGGUCAAGUUAAUUUAUUUCCAUACCUAAUCUCUCUCUCUCUCUCUCUCUCUACCUAUAUGGUAUCUCAUGCAAAUUGUUGUAUGUGGCUUUUGUCGCCUUUCAAUGGUAGUUUUGAGGCAAUUAAAUAUUGGAGGGAGAUACCACUUUACUAAGUUAGGCGACUGCUAAAUGAAUUGCCGGCCACUUAUAUGCUCUUAACUUUGAUUUCUCCAUCUUUGUGUCCGCAACGUCUGAUAUGAUUCUCCACUUUUUCAAUAUAACCCAUUUUUCCACCACUCCAGAACCAACCUUCUCUCCCGAGGUUAAGGCUCUAAACAACCAUGGCUAACUUGAUGAAAUGCCCAUCUCCUCUGUUUCUCUUCAUGUCCUUCGCUCUUGUACUUCCAUCUUUAUGUGCACCAGAGGACCAAAUUACAUCUUGCUUAUCUACACAUGACAUAAACAACUUCACCACGUUGCCUAGCACAAAAAAAGAUGACGACUCAAAAACAUACUAUAAGAUCCUUGAUUUCUCCAUUCAAAACCUUCGCUUCACAGAACCAACAAUUGCCAAGCCAUUAGCCAUUAUCCUACCUGGGAGUUUAGAUGAGUUAGUCAAGAGUGUGAUGUGUUGUAGGGAAGGGUUGUUGGAAAUAAGGGUAAGGUGUGGUGGGCACAGCUACGAGGGGACUUCAUCAGUAGCUAAUGAUGGAGCUCCUUUUGUGAUUAUAGACAUGAUGAAUCUGAACGAAGUUUCAGUGCAUUUGGAGACAGAAACGGCAUGGGUGGAAGGAGGUGCAACCCUUGGUGAGACUUACUUAGCUAUUUCCGAGGCAAGCAGCAUUCAUGGGUUCUCAGCUGGAUCAUGUCCGACUGUUGGAGUUGGUGGUCAUAUUGGAGGAGGUGGAUUUGGGCUAUUGUCUAGAAAGUAUGGACUUGCAGCAGAUAAUGUGGUUGAUGCCCUUCUUAUCGAUGCCAAUGGACGGUUGUUAGACAGAAGAGCCAUGGGAGAGGAUGUGUUUUGGGCUAUUAGAGGUGGCGGAGGAGGUGCAUGGGGCAUUAUUUAUGCUUGGAAAAUAAGGUUGCUGAAAGUGCCGGAAGUUGUUACUGGUUUUAUAGUCUCUAGACCUGGCACAAAAAACCAAGUAGCCGAGUUAGUGAAUGGUUGGCAAGGGGUAGCACCCAGCUUAGAUGGAGAUUUUUACUUGUCAUGCUUUGUGGGAGCCGGUCUGCCAGGGACAAAAAAUAGAGGAAUAUCAGCUACAUUUAAAGGGUUUUAUCUAGGUCCGAGAAAUGAAGCUGUAUCUAUCCUAAAUCAAGUUUUUCCUGAGCUGGGUAUUGAAACAGAAGAUUGCAUAGAAAUGACUUGGAUAGAAUCAAUCCUAUUCUUCUCUGGCUUAAGUGAUGGAAGCCUAGUGUCCGACUUGAAAAAUCGGUAUACGAAAGAGAAGAACUACUUCAAGGCCAAAUCAGACUAUGUGAGGAGAAAUAUUUCUUUCGAGGGCAUAAGAACAGCUCUAGACAUACUUGAAAAGGAGCCUAAAGGGUAUGUCAUCUUGGACCCGUACGGAGGGAUUAUGCAAAAUAUAAGCAGCGAUGCCAUUGCCUUCCCUCACAGAGAGGGUAACCUUUUCACAAUUCAGUACCUGGUGGAAUGGAAAGAGAGAGAUGACAACAAAAGCAACGACUACAUUAACUGGAUAAGAGAAUUUUAUAAUGCAAUGACACCCUUUGUGUCCUUCGGUCCGAGGGCUGCUUAUAUCAAUUACAUGGACUUCGACCUUGGAGUGAUGGAGUUGCUUCAUGACAAAACCAGUAUGGUUCCAACAAGAGAUGCUGUCGAGGUUGCUAGGGUUUGGGGAGAAAAGUACUUCUUGAGAAACUACGAUAGGUUGGUUGCAGUCAAGACAUAUAUUGAUCCAGACAACGUUUUCAGUAAUCAACAAAGCAUCCCCCCUGCGGUGUCCUCGGCGGUGAGUUUCAGAGCCGAUAUUUAAGUACAAAACAGGCUUGUGCUCGAAACCAUUAAAUCUAAAUCUCUUAGCCGUAUUAAUUAGAAUAUCAGACAUAUUGAGAUACUUAUUAUACUCUUCUGUGUGAGUGUGCUGUAUAUGUAAAUUUCCUUCUCUUGCUGUCAUCCUUCUUGUAUAUAUAUUUUGUGCGAUGUUGGUUGGAAUUUGAGCACUCCGGCUUCCAUGGGGCCUCGCUCUCACAUAUAAUUACCUCUUCUCAAAUUAGGA